AGCGAAAGUCCUGCGAGAAGAAAAUGGGGAACACCAAAUCCACACAGCCACCCAAACCGCGGAAAGAUCGGAAGAAGGAGCAGGCCGACGGCGUAGAUGACCGUCCCCGAAAGAACAAAAGGGCUGCCAACGCUUCCAACACUCGCACCAGCAGGAGCGAACGGGUAACGUGUCGAUGUACUAAUCCCUUCAUCAUCUUCUUCCUACGCUUACGCAGUAAGACGCCCAAGGAGCCCGUAACCGUGAUCGCACGGGCUGCUGGCAAACUGUGGACUAAGAUGUCCCCGGAACAAAGAAAAAAGUACAUAGACCUGGCGAACGCUGAAAAGAAAAGACGUCAAGGAAAAAGGAAACUAAGAUUAAGAAAAAGAAGAUAGACGAUCAACAAGCAACGAGAGAGGCUGAAGAAAACCAACGAAGGAUUUGUUCAGCUACUAGUGUGUGGGAGACGCAGUACGUGACCUCGUGCAGUUAUCUCGAAAAAAGUCCAUAUUUUUGAUUUCUUUUUAUUUGUUAGUAGUUUUUUUUUUUUUUUAGAUCUAUGUACAAUAAAUAUUGGUGUAUUUUUACACUAUUAAUGACCUUUCUUAUCCGUUUAAAGAGUUACGCUAAAAACCAGGCAGCGAGUCUCUGCCUUCUCGCACAAAUUCUUAUCGUCGUGUCUCGUCUCUGAAAAAAUUGAAUUCGUAACGUACCAUAAAUAUAUUAUUAUUAUUAUUUCGUUCGCGACCGUUCCGCGAAGCGUCGCCGACGCGAGGGAGGGAAAUUACAAUUCAAAGUACACGAACGAGCACCAUUUCUUUUUUUUUUUUUGUUUGUUUGUCGUUUUGUUUAUAAAUUUUCC